AUGGAUGUCAUAACUGCAUUAGACCACCCAUGGUUAACUAGACGUCUUAUGAUCGAUCAAGACGAAUUUAUGAUAACAACGGAUCGUUUAAGAAAUUCAUAUCGGUCUUGGCAAUCAAAUGCACAAUGUCGUACUUGGUACCGCAGGCGUCCAUUAAGCGGCGCUUAUACCGAUCCAUCAAAAAUGGUGUACCCACCAGGUCAUGUUUACACUCCAGAAGAUACUCCAGAACGCAUAGAUAUUGGGAAGAAAGAUCGCAAACCAGGCAAAUGGGAUAAUGAAAUUCCAACUAGGGAACACCCAGAUUACGAAAUUGGCUUAUUCAAAUCUGAAAGCCAUUAUCAAAAUGGUCCUGACACCUACCUUUUACAAUUGAGAGAUGUAGACUUUCCUGUUAGACUUAGGGAAUAUAUGAAAGUAGCUGCCACUAGAUCUCCUGGUUACAGUCACACACUUACCGAUCUUAGUAACUAUGAUUGGAGGACACCUGUUAUUCAUGAAAGACGUCGAUUCCACGAUAUAAUGGAUGAAGAAAUUGAUGAUGAGAGAAAAGAGAGAAUAAACCGAUAUGGGUCCGCUGAUGUGUACUCUUUAAGACGCCUGAGAAAUGAAUUAGGAACGAGGUUGGAUAGCUAUGCAGAAGCAGAAGCGAUGAUAGAAUCGCAGAAAGUAGGCAAAGCCCCAUUCUUCCGUGAGAAACCUCGUAAUAUUGCAAUUGUAGCUGGUCGUGAUGCCGAACUUAGCUGCUUAGCUACGGGAGAUCCGAAACCAACUCUCCAAUGGUUCAAGAAUGAAUCAGUGUUAAUGGAAAACAAACGCAUAACUGUCACAGAAGAUGAACAAGUUUUCAAGACACUUGCGCUUCGCAGCACACUGCGAUUCACACCUGCUGCUGAAUUUGAUGCCGGCUCAUACAAGGUUGUCGCUCGCAAUUCUGUAGGCCAGACCAUACAUAGAAUCCGCGUGGCUCUGGGAACGCAACCUGAUGCACCUAACACUCCCAAAUGCAUAGAGAAAUCUGACACCGAAGUACUCUUGGAAUGGCGUGAACCCAGACACGAUGGAAAUAGCGAGAUAUUACACUAUGGUUUGGAGAUGAAGAAGGCAGAUUCAAUUGAUUGGAAUAGUGUAGCUGAGCACAUUACUCGUGAGCGUUUCGUAGUCACGGGUUUGGCAGCCGGCGAGAGUUACCAUUUCGCAAUGGAGUGA